GCUUUAUGACGUAGAACAGAACAUUCGGCUAAGAAUCACCGACGCCUCCUCACUUCUCAUUUCAGUCCGUGAUCACACAGAGAUUACUACACACGACGCUACAAACACACGGUGAAGUCAUGUCACGAAGAAGCGCUCGUUUGGAAUCUGCUGGAUACUACGACAAUGAGAGGAAACCACAAAUUAUUUAUAGGGAGACCACACACAGAAUUUUCAAGACACGCAAGGCCAACUUUCGGGCCAAAAGACAGAUCACCAACGUCACAGACAGCAACAAUGAUGGAAACAUCAGCAGUGACUACACCAUGUUCAGCUGGAAGGUUUUUGGCUUCCUCUUUCUCUUACUCCCUCUGUGUUUUGGAUGUGGCUACCUGGUUUCGAGUCGGAGCAGCAAUGAUUCGAAGAACUGCCUGGUUCCGGAAGCCAACAAUUUGCCCAACUUAGCUCUCAAGACUCUAGGAGCCAGAAUUGUACACGAACGGACUUCAGAACCAUACUGGGCACUAGAACCAGAGAUGGGAUUUUUCGGGAUACCUGUCUAUCGACCCCCUGUCAGCCCAACGAUCAUUAUACAGGGACACUCACAUCUUACUCCAGGACAGUGCUGGGCCUUCUCAGGUGGACUAGGAUAUUUAUUCAUUGCCCUGCCCCACCCAUUCACCAUCAGCCAUGUGACACUGGGUCACAUUUCCAAGAACAUGUCCCCAACUGGCUCCAUUUCCAGUGCCCCAAAAGAGUUUUCUGUCUAUGGACUGUAUGGUGUAGAUGAAGAGACCGAAGUCCAUCUUGGGAGCUUUCUUUACGAUCAGGAUGGAGACUCAGUACAGACUUUCAAAGUACCUGAUUACGGUUGCCUCAAGUUUGUGAAACUGAUUGUCCAAAGCAACUGGGGGAAUCGUGAUUACACCUGUUUGUAUGACUUCAGGAUCCAUGGACAUCUGGCAGAUUGUGGUCAUUAGAGAGGUAAGUGUCUGUGAAGGUGAAUCAGGCUGAAGACAUUUGUAAAUAAAUAGCCUUAAUUUAACCUUUUAUUAUGGAAUUUGCCAAGAUGAAAAUAUUAGCAAUUGUUUGUGUUAAUGAGUGAGAUAGAUAUCAGUAAUGUUUGAUUGACCUGCACUGACCUACGUUUUAAACUAACCCAUGCAUCACUGAUAUAUAAAUGUAUAUAUAUAUAAAUGUCUUCAGCCUGAUUCACCGUCACUCUGGGCAGUACGGUGGCACAGUGGCUAGCACUGUAGCCGCACAGAGAAAGGAUUGGUAUUCCGAUUGUGGUUCUUUCUGUGUGUAGAAUUUGCAUGUCCUCUCCGUGACUUGUGGGUUUUCUCCGGGUGCUCCGGUUUCCCCACACAACCCAAAAACAUGCAGUGGCUAGCACUGUAGCCACACAGAGAAAGGACUGGUAUUCCAGUUGUGGUUUUCUCUGUGUGUAGAAUUUGCAUGUCCUCUCCGUGACUUGUGGGUUUUCUCCGGGUGCUCCGGUUUCCCCCACAACCCAAAAACAUGCAGUGGCUAGCACUGUAGCCGCACAGAGAAAGGACUGGUAUUCCGGUUGUGGUUUUCUCUGUGUGUAGAAUUUGCAUGUCCUCUCCUUGACUUGUGGGUUUUCUCCGGGUGCUCCGGUUUCCCCCACAACCCAAAAACAUGCAGUGGCUAGCACUGUAGCCGCACAGAAAGGACUGGUAUUCGGUUCCAGUUGUGGUUCUCUCUCUGUGUAGAGGUUGCAUGUCCUCUCCGUGACUGCGUGGGUUUUCUCCGGGUGCUCCGGUUUCCCCCACAACCCAAAAACAUGCAGUUUAGGUUAAUUGGCUUUGUCAGAUCUGUAUUAUUAUAUUAUA